CGAUAGCGGCGGCCAUUUGCAUUCGCGCGCGUACGCGGGGACGACGACGGGCCGAGCGCGGUCCGAAUGGAGAGCGUGCCGAGCCGAUCGCGGAGAGAACGCGUCCCCAGCGUGCGGCUCGCCCCCGAAACCGCGGUGCUCCUUCCCCCCCGUCGCCCGUGAAGAUGGCGAGGGCGGGCGGCGGCGCCUCGAGGACCGUGUGCGCCAACACGAUUCAGGAGAACGAGAGGAGGCUGCGUGAGGCGCGAAUUAAGAAUCAGGGCAAGGGCCGGGUCAGGCAGGAUCUGAGCAAGCUGUUCGGCAAGCUGAACCAGGCCGUGGAAGCGAACCCGCUGAACUCGCCCUCUGACAGAUCGAGCCUGUCGUACAACAAGAGCGCCUCGAGAUGCUGGUACGGCCCGGUCCUGGGAUUCCCGCUCGGGUCCUGGUGGGGCAUACGCAUGGACUGCUCCAGGGACGGGAUGCACGAGCCCUUUGACGCCGACGUGCACGAGGGGCCCUUCGGCGUCGUCUCCGUGUGCACCUCGCACGCCAACGUCAACGAGGACGUGGACCUCGGCGAUUACCUGACGCUCACGGGCCAGGCGUGCCGCGGCGAGCGGCCCAGCGCGGAUCCGUUCCUGCGCAACUACGAGAAUCAGAUACCGCUGCGACUGAUAAGGAGCUACAAUCUGCAGAACAGUGUCGCGCCUAACACAGGGUACAGGUACGACGGGCUCUUCGUGGUCAUAGGCUGUUGGAUCGGCUUGACUCCGGAUGGCACCAGGUACAACAAGUUCGCGUUGAUGCGCCUCGCCGGCCAGGAGUCGCGCCGCAGCGCAGCCGACAAGGCGGAGGAGCUGUCCGCCGCCCGGCGCCACAGCCCGUUGACCAGAUCGAGUCAGCCGAGCGCGUACGACCUGAGAAAGUCCUCGGGCAACGUCAGCGUCGGCAGCCGCAAGUGGAAGCUCAGCCACGGGGACAGCUGCGAGGGCCUGUCGGUCGCCAAGGCGGUACCGUCGAUCGACGCCAGCAGACGCUCCGCGCCCGAGAGCUCCAUCGUCAUGCGCCACGUCUUCAAGAAGCUGCCGAGUAACGCGGAGAGCGCGAUCUCGGCUACCGUACCUGAUCAGAAGAUGCUGCUGUGCCUUGGUGCGUCGGCCACUAAAACCCACAGUACAAACAUCUCGAUACGCAUGGGCCUGUACGAGUCGUCGCACAACUCGCAGGACGCGAAGAAGAGCGUCUCGACGAUGCUGCAGAAGCCCGCCAGGUUGCUCGACCUCGCCGCUCGCACGGCGUUGGACGCGGAGGGCAGUCGCCUGACACCCAGGGAGGACGCCCACGGCAAGCCUGCCGAGAGGCCGGACGCGGACAAGGCGCGAGUCUGUUCUCAGCCGAGCGAGGCCGUCUCCUACAACGGCCACGUCACGGCCGCGUCUCCGUCCGUGGACAAGCGUAGGGAAGCCUCGUCGGAGAGCGUUCGGCCGCUGAGACACUCGACGCGCUCCAUGUCCUCGUCGCUCAACAGCCUCGAGAACGGCGCGAGUGGCACGCCCGAGCGCAAGGAGCCACGUCGAAGCGCUCUGCAACGCCGAGGUGCGCAAAACCCGAGCGCCAGCGACACCGUUGACGAGUCGAUACGGAAACCGGAUCGCGGUAGCAUAUCGCCUCGAGUCUCCGAAUGCCGCGACUCCUUGGACACGCCGGGCGAGUCGUUCUGCGCGCAAAGCAUCAAGUCCCUGGACUCGCUGACGCCGGACAAGAUCCUGAACUUGAUCAACAAGGAGCUCGAUCAUCCCCUGUCCAAGCUGCUGAUCGGGAAUGUGAUAGGGCUGACGGUCGAGGAAUGCGCGAUGUGGAACGCGUCGAAGAGAGAGACGACUCCGGAGUCCAAGAGCGAGAAGCGAGUCGCGCCGACGAGGGCGAAUCUCGGGAGGAAGCGCAAGGGGGCGGACAACGUGAAGGAGAACGUCGCGUCUCUGGACAACAGACGGUACUGCAAAUACUCGAGGUCCGAGAGAUUGUUUUGGAAGAUGACGAAGCAGGCGGACGGAGUGCAGGAACGCCAGUCCUGCAACGACGCCGACCAGAAGCGUAGCGUCAGGAGGAGCGUCCGGGGCGGCGGCGCGUCCAAGGAGAACAACGAGUACUUAUCGCCGUUUCGCGUGCAGGCCUCGCUGCAGACCAUCGCGCGCCACACCCGCAGCUCGUACGACGUCAAGACCCGCCUGAGGGCCGACAAGGGCGCGAUAUCGAAGCCGGAGUUUCCCAGCUCGCCGAUCAAGAAGAGCAAGUACAAGAAACGAGACAGGGAGAUCGCCAACCUGUCGAUAGACGCCAAUUUCGGUCCGGCGACGCGCGGCUCCCGGAACAGGAGGCUACGGUGCAGGAACAGCGCGUACGCGAGAUGCUGCAGCACCUUCAACACCGUCAUGUAUCCGCCUAACAAGCGGUGCAAGCCCAGCUUCGAGCGGAAGAGCAAACUGACCAAGGUCAGCCGUCAACGCGCCGGGGAGAGACAGGCCAAGGACAAGUAUAGGAUGACCGGUACCGUCCACGCGAGCGGCAAGGACAUCGGCGGUGCGAUCGGGAAGCAAAUGACUCUCAGAAGCAAUCCUGGUAGCACCGAGACCCGCGGCAAUCAUAACAACAACAGCGCCGGCAGCAGGAAGAAGGAUGCUGAAACCGAAACGGCCGACCACGGCGACGCCAAGACUCCCUUCAACAGGGGUCUGCGUAAGGAGCUGACCCGGACGAUACCCCUGGCGCAGCGCGCCGCUCAAACGUCGUCGCGUUUGCCCUGCUUUCGCAAGGCGCAGAAACGGGACGAGAAGCCCAGCACGACGGACGCGACGACGCAGUGCAGGCUCGUCUCCGACAACCCGGAGGUUUACGUGAUUGGACAGUUGAACGAUCAGAGGGCCGUCUUGAAGAUGCAGUGGGACAAACUGGAGAAGCUGAAGGAAUCGGCGUUGGACGUGGCCGAUCAGGGGGUCCAGGUUUAUCGAGCGUCGCGUUUCUGCGCUGCCGCCACGCUCGCGGAAGACGACGCGAGUCUCAGAAGCGACGCGGACCCUCUCCAGGACAGAGCGUCGGCCUUCGUGCCGGUGAACGCGUUCGACAGCGACCUACGGGUCGCGCGGCUCAGGUCGAUCGGCUUCAAACCCAUAAUUAAGCCGCGGUCUCCGCUGGCCGCCCACGACCUGGAGGUCAUUCAGAACGCCCUGGUGACCACGAGCAAAGUGACGAAGCGCGACGUCGCCGAGGAGUAUCACAAGUAUGCGAAUAACGAGGACACCAACUCGGUCGUUUACAUGGACGACGAGUUGCAGUAUCAAGAUAUCGAAGAGGAGGAGGAGGAAGAAGAAGAGGUAGAGGACGAUGAUGACGACGACGACGACGACGACGGCGACAAUGAAACUGAGAAACAAUCGGCUGCGAGCGCGUCGACGAAACCGAGGGGCGUACAGUCGAAAACCGGUGACGCGCUACCGGAAACGUUACCCUCCCGCGAAAACCUGGAAUCUCCCUGGCACGGCUGGAAGAAGAUCGUGACGAACAACAAGUCGUACUGGAUCGGUUGGUAGAUCGUAGGACCUCGGUGAAUUCAAACAGGGAUGGUGCUUUCUCGCUAUUGCAAUUAGAAAAAUGAACCGUUUUAUCCAAACGUGUACAAUGUUAUAUCUUUAUUUUUUUUUUGCCAAAAAGUAAAGGCUGUUAAUAACAUUCUAAAUUAUUUUUCUAACAAUUAAUAAUACGGUAUCCGAGUUGACUAAUAUAUUUUUAAGAAAAA